UCAUUUCCCUGACGGACACGUCAACUGACCAAUCACUGACGGCGUUCGGCUGCGGCUAAUAGCAUAACUAGUUUGUUACUCGCGUCAUCAGUUAGCAUUAUAACUAACGAGAGAGAGAGAGGCUCUGAGAGAUGUCUCGGGAACAUCUGGCUGUACAGAGGGCAAGGAAGUCCUUCCAGACAGGGAAAACCAAGCCUCUGGAAUACAGAAUCCACCAGCUGAAGAGCCUUCUCCGCUUCACCACAGAGAGACGGAGGGACAUAGCAGAUGCUGUCAAAAAGGACCUCGGCAAGAGUGAACAUGGCACCGAGCUGUUUGAGACGCUGGUACUUGAGGGAGAGAUCAAGCUGGCGAUAGAGAAACUGGCAGAGUGGGCGGCUCCUCGGCCGGUGGAGAAGAACCUCCUCACCAUAUCAGAUGAGGUUUACGUGCAGCCGGAGCCUCUGGGAGUGGUGCUCAUCAUUGGGGCCUGGAACUACCCCUGGGCUGUCACCCUGCAGCCCCUGGUUGGAGCUAUUGCUGCUGGCAAUGCAGCAGUCAUAAAGCCAUCUGAGGUCAGCUCUCACUCUGCCAAGGCCAUGGAGGAACUUCUCCCUCUAUUUCUGGACAAAGAUCUGUACCCAGUAGUGACAGGUGGCGUGUCAGAGACCCAGGAGCUGCUGAAGCAGAGAUUUGACCACAUUUUCUACACGGGCAGUGGUGCAGUGGGUAGAUUUGUGAUGGAGGCUGCAGCUCGUCAGCUGACCCCAGUGACCCUGGAGCUGGGAGGGAAGAGCCCCUGCUACAUCGACAAGAACUGUGACAUCAGUGUUGCAUGUCGUCGUAUCACAUGGGGAAAGUUUGUCAACUGUGGUCAGACGUGCAUCGCUCCAGACUUCAUCCUGUGUGAACCCUGCAUCCAGGGCCGAGUCGUAGACGAGAUCAAGAAGUGCAUUAAGGAGUUUUACACAGAUAAUCCAGAAACCUUUGAGGACUACGGACGCAUUAUUAACCAGCGCCACUUUAAGAGGCUCAUGGCUCUGAUGGAGGGCAGCACAGUCGCUGUUGGUGGAGAGAGUGAUGAAUCCCAGUGCUACAUAGCUCCUACUGUGUUAAAGGAUGUGACGGGAGAAUCCAAAGUGAUGAAGGAGGAGAUCUUCGGGCCACUGCUGCCCAUAAUCACAGUGAGCGGUGUAGACGAGGCCAUCCAGUUCAUUAACGAGAGAGAAAAACCUCUGGUUAUAUACAUCUUCUCCCACGACAACAAGCUGAUCAAACGGGUGAUAGCUGAGACGUCCAGUGGAGCUCUGCUGGCUAAUGACUGUCUGGUUCACUUCACUGUCAGCGCUCUGCCCUUUGGAGGAGUUGGUAACAGUGGUAUGGGCUGCUACCACGGCCGGCACAGCUUCGACCAGCUCAGCCACCUGCGCAGCUGUCUGAUCAAGCAGCUGAAGAUGGAGGGAGUGAACAGCAUGCGUUACCCUCCGCACACAGCCAAAAAGCUGGGCUGGGCCCGCUUUUUUUUGCUGAAGCAGGUCAAUGUGUGCAGACUGCGGCGCAUGGCACUGCUGGCCUUGUUGGCCGGCCUGGCGGCAUUUGUGGUGCAGAGGUUCCUGCAGUGGGGCUGAGGAUCAGGAAGGUGGUUGCGGCCUGAGCUGAACCCUGGUGGUGCAGGUGAUCCUGGGACAGCUACAGUGAAAUACAGCACUCCUGUGAUUUACUGGUCCAUAUCAUUUCACAUUUAUGAAGAUAUAUCUGACUGUUCUGUCCUUUUAUUGCAUUUCACUUCUGUUAAACCACUAAGCUGCUAUUAACGUUUUUAGUGUUUUAUAACUAGCAAUAUUACCUGUUACAUUUGUAUUUAACAUUGUAAAUGUAGAUUUUUCUUUUUAGAUUCUGAAAUAAUGAAACACAUACCAUCACUGCUGAUCGAACUAGGUUGCAGUGAUGCAUUGUUAAUUUUUAUUACAUACAGUCAUGGGAAAAAAUAUUAGACCAUUUUUUUCUUCAAUUUCUUGUUCAUAUUAAUGCCUGGUUCAACUAAAGGUUUGUUUGGACGAAUAUAAUGAUAACAACGAAAAUGCGUCAAAGAUGUUUAAUUUAAAAGCUGAUAUCUAGCCAUUUUCAAUCGUUUUCUCAAUGAUUUUGGUGAUUAUCAAGUAAAACAUGGAAAAUGGCUAGAUGUCAGCAAAUCUUAUGAGCUAUUUUUGUUGUUAUCAUUAUGUUUGUCCAAACAAAUGUACCUUUAGUUGCACCAGGCAUUAAAAUGAGCAAGAAAUUGAAGAAAAAAUGGUCUAAUAUUUUUUCCAUGACUUUAAUGAGAAACAAUGACACAAACUCUCUUUAAGUGUGACUAUUACAUCUGCUUUUAAUGAUGCCAGUUCUGUUUGUUGCACUGACAUUAAACCGCUGCAAAACAAA